AUGGAAGUGACCGACGUCGAAGGAGGAGUCGACUGCCAAAGGGAGAAGGGGCCAGUGCUGGGCGAUGGUCUCCUUCGAACAUGUUUGCAUAAGCCAUUCGAACUGCCGGAUUUUGUCACUGCAGAUCUGCAUCCAUCUCUUCUGAAGCGGCUGAAAGCCGCAGAAGGCUCGAUACUGGCAGCCAAAGUUCGACGAAGGACUUUUGGCAACAUCAACAAGGCUGAUGUCGACGAACUUUGCCAACUGCUUCAAACCAAGGCAAAACAAGACCCCUUGGAGGACAAAGAAUCUCCCAAGGUUCUAGAUUUGGAGGGCUUCAUCCUUUUUUCUGGCCCUUUGCUUGGUUUGCCGUUGCCGGCGCUGAGCCGUGCGCGCGACGAGAGGGACUCGGAGGACGAGCUGCCGCCGCUGCCGGAGAUGCUGCGCUUUCCAGAGGCGGAGGCCAUCUUCCAGAAGCUUCCCUUGGACAAGGAUGGUUUCGUCUCUGCUGAAGCCUUUGCCGAGGAGUUGGCAGGCAAAAGCCAGGUGAUGGAAUUUCUGGAGUCCCAGGCUGCCAAGUGUUCGAUUCCCAUGAAGAGCCGAGAGAAAUUGGAAAGGCUGAUCAAUUGGCGGAUUGAACGGGACGACGCUUUGGGGACCUUGUUCUUCACCUUUGUGCUUCUGAUUAUCUUUUACCUCGUGGUGCAGGUAAACCUGGACAUCAAGAGCAACCAAGAAGCUGAAACCGCCGUGAGAAGCUACAUCUCAACCUUUGGAUCUCAGCUCUCGGGGCCCUUUAUGGAUCAACACAUUAGCGACGUGAGCUCCUUCUGGAGUUGGGCAGAAGAAUCUGCCCUGGCAGCUUUCUUCGGAGUCGCGGCCAUCGGUGCUGAUGGCAUCACCAGAUUUCACGUCGCAGGUUCCAAUGUCUUGCUGGGCGACGUGAUGGUCACUCACACAAACAAGGAUGGAGACGUGUCUUCCGAGUGGCUGCUUCACAGCACUGCUGCCCAGAGCUAUUUGUCUACCAGCAACUCUUCGGACUACCUGGGUGCUGCCAGGGCGGCCAUCCAAAGCUUCCGGAGGAGCAACAGCGAUCUCAAUGAUCCGCAUUCUCGAGCCAUCACCUUGAGCUGUAGCAUCCACAAUGCACCGGCGAGUAAACUGCUGCUGGUGCGCGUGAGCUCGCUCUUCUUUAUCACAGGUGACAUGGACCUACAGAUUUUUUCGACGGCUUGUGCAGAUACAGCAGAGAUUCUGGUGGAGCAAAUGGUGGUGAACAUUCUCUUCGUUUGCUGCAUUAUUUGGUUGGCCUAUGCCGAGCUCAAGGAUGCUGUGGCAGCGAUGGCCCAUGGAUGCAAGGCGUUUACAGAGUACUGGGGAGUCUGGAACUCUGUUGAUUGGAGCUGUAUCGCCCUGUCCAUUGUGACCAUGAUUGUCUGGGGGGUCAGACUGGGGUAUAUCAACUCGGACCAGCUGCAGGCCGUUCAGAAGGACGGCUUUGACGCUAUGGCGCUUACGAAGCAGGAACUGCAGACGAUGCAGGACGAGCUUCAAGUGAUCAGGGCCUGGUCCAUUGCAGUUCGUGCCUUAACGACCUGCCUUGCCGUCACGAUCAUCUUGCAAUUCUUCAAGGGAUUCCGUGCAAAUCCACGACUUCAAAUCGUGGCAGAUGCCAUCUUGAAAAGUUUGAACAACGUGGCGCACUUCUUCUUGAUCUUCUGGACGCUGUUUGCUUGCUUCGCCAUCAUCGCGCAUAUGUUGUUUGGCAGUGACAUCAUCCUGUUCUCCUCACUGCUGUCCAGUUUGGAGGCCAGUAUGAGCACACUGAUGGGCGAGUUCGAAUGGUAUGUGCAGAUGGCAGGCAAGAAGUCUGGCUAUUUGAAUUCUGGUAUGCCAAUGGUAUUCGUUCACCUAUGGUUCGUGAUAUAUAUUUGCUUUGCGCUGCUGGUACUGUUCAACAUGCUCUUGGCCAUGGUGUUAGACAGCUACGGGGCAGCUGCACAGGUUCUUGGCAAGAGAGCAGAUGCACCGACCAUCGUCACGCAGACUUGGCGCUAUAUUCGGCGAAUGCAGGAGACACGUGGUUUCAUCCCUCUAAGAACUUUGGCGCGGGAUUUGCUGAGCCUUGAGUGUCACCCGGGCAAGGUGGUGACCGUUACGUCUCUUCAAGCCGCCUUUCCUCAGAUGAAGCACGAGCAGGCCGGGUAUCUGAUGCGGACCUUGUUCCAGGAGGACAAGCGACAGAAAGCGACACAGCAGGUUCUGGAGGGCCAGGAUAGCGGCGCCUCGCAGGACUUUGACCCGAAGGAAGUGGCCAAUGCCUGCCUGCCAGCCUUCCAUGCAGCCACUCAGCCAUUGCUUACCGAGCUGAUCUCGACAUUGACCACGUUCGAAAGCAAGGUGGCGACACUGCAAUCCAAUGGUCUUUUGGAUGCGGCCACAGUGGACAGCCUCAGAACGAGCUUCGCCAAGGAAAUGGUGACUGAGAUGAACGGUGGGAAAGAAAGGCCGAUUGAAAGGAGGUUCCAGGGUCCAAGAGCCCAUAAGAUCCAGGUUCAGCUGUGCUGCGGAAGUCCCGAGGAGGAUGGUUUUGGAGUGGAGCGGAUUUGA